UCUGAGCGGCAUAUGUCUCAAAGGCCUAACGUUCCUCACUCUUGUUCCAUAGCCUGUGCACUCCAUUCUCAUCUCCUGGUAUCCAGUGAAGUGAUUAAUUCCAAACUCAAAUUGGUUCUCUUUUAUUAUUUCUUUUUUAGUUUGAUUCUAUUCAUACGGUUGCACUCACUCAACAUCUCCCUUUUCUCCUUCGAAAUUUCCCCCGAAAUAUUCUCUAACAAAAUCAUCCUCACCCACAUCCUCAAUUUCAUUUAUUCUUUCAAAGUUUGAAACUUUUCCACAUAAUACAAAAUGGGUAUCAAAGGUUUUGUUGAAGGAGGCAUUGCAUCCAUAAUUGCUGGGUGUUCCACUCACCCACUCGAUCUCAUCAAGGUCCGAAUGCAACUCCAAGGUGAGACCCAAUCCCCGAAUCUCCGACCCGCACUUGCCUUCCACCACCCAAACUCCACCCACUUGCCACCGCCUCAGGCGGCGGCCCGGGCAGGUCCAAUUGCUGUCGGAGUUAAAUUAGUCCAACAAGAAGGCGUCACAGCCCUUUUCUCCGGCGUCUCCGCCACCGUCCUCCGCCAGCUUCUCUACUCCACCACCCGCAUGGGGCUCUACGACAUGCUCAAGAAGAAAUGGUCCGACAGCAACACCGCCGCAAACCUGCCGCUGUCACGUAAGAUCGCGUCGGGGCUGAUCGCCGGCGGAAUCGGUGCCGUCGUCGGAAACCCGGCCGACGUGGCAAUGGUCCGGAUGCAGGCCGACGGAAGGCUCCCGCCGGGGCAGCGGCGGAACUACAAGUCCGUCGUGGACGCCAUCUCCACCAUGGCGAAGCAUGAGGGUGUUACUAGCCUGUGGCGUGGCUCGUCGCUUACGGUGAACCGCGCCAUGUUAGUUACGGCAUCACAGCUGGCAUCGUACGACCAGUUCAAGGAGAUGAUUCUGGAGAAGGGGGUUAUGAAGGACGGGCUUGGGACCCACGUAUCGGCGAGUUUCGCGGCGGGCUUUGUGGCGGCCGUUGCGUCCAACCCGGUGGAUGUUAUCAAGACGAGGGUGAUGAACAUGAAGGUGGAACUCGGGGCGGCGCCGCCGUAUUCCGGUGCACUUGAUUGCGCUUUGAAGACUGUGCGCGCUGAGGGUCCCAUGGCUCUUUACAAAGGUUUUGUUCCUACAAUCUCAAGGCAGGGACCCUUCACUGUUGUGCUGUUCGUGACUUUGGAACAGGUUCGCACGUUGCUUAAGGAUUUCUAAAGCUGGAUGAUGGUGAUGAUGACGAAGAACAAGAUGUUUAAUUCGGACAAGAUUAAUUAUUAUUAUUAUUAUUAUUUUCUGGACAGUUUUUGUUUUAGUUUUAAGAUUUGUGUUAUUUAGUUCAGUAAUGCUGAUUAAGUUUACAUUAUGUUAAUUGUCACCGUGCGCUGAGAAUU